GGGAAUUGCAGUCCCCGCUCCGCUCUGUCCCGUCACAGGACUUUUUGCCCUCUGUUCCCGGGUCCCUCAGGCGGCCACCCAGUGGGCACACUCCCAGGCGGCGCUCCGGCCCCGCGCUCCCUCCCUCUGCCUUUCCUUCCCAGCUGCCAACAUCCUGGAAGCUUUGAAGCUCAGCAAAGAAGAGAAAUCCAUUGAGAACGGUCUGUAAAGGAGGAAAAGAAAAGGAGGCAAACUGAAGAGAAGGGACCCAAUAGUUGUGGCAAAUAAUUUCAACAGUGAAUGGGGAAAGAAAAGAGGAAAAAUCACAGGAACCUAGUUACUCAUCAAGCAUGGGAAGGGAGACUGCAAUAAUGGAUGACUUGGUGUUUGUGAUGAAAGAAUCUUACAGCCUGAGUGGUGUGCUGGGAAUACCUGCCUGCUUAGACCUUCUGUAAAAGCUCUGUGCAUCCUGCCACUGAGGACUCCGAAGAGGCAGCAGUCUUCUGAAAGACUUCAGCUGUGAGGACAUGUCGUUCAGAUUUGGCCAACAUCUCAUCAAGCCCUCUGUGGUGUUUCUCAAAACAGAACUGUCCUUCGCUCUUGUGAAUAGGAAACCUGUGGUACCAGGACAUGUCCUCGUGUGCCCACUGCGGCCAGUGGAGCGCUUCCGUGACCUGCGACCUGAUGAAGUGGCUGAUUUGUUUCAGGUGACCCAGAGAGUUGGGACAGUGGUGGAAAAACAUUUCCAUGGGACCUCUCUCACCUUUUCCAUGCAGGAUGGCCCCGAAGCUGGACAGACUGUGAAGCACGUUCACGUCCAUGUUCUUCCCAGGAAGGCUGGAGACUUUCACAGGAAUGACAGCAUCUAUGAGAAGCUCCAGAAACAUGACAAGGAAGAGGAGGACUCCCCAGUCUCUUGGAGAUCAGAGGAGGAAAUGGCAGAAGAAGCUGCAGCUCUGCGGGUCUACUUUCAGUGACACAGAUCCUGAAUUCCAGCAAAAGAGCUAAUGCCAACCAGUUUGAAGAUCCCCCUCCCCAUGAGGAACUGAAUCAGCAUGAAAACGCAGUUUCUUCAUCUCACCAUCCUGUGACUUCAUCCUAUAUUCUUCAAUGAUCCCCUACCUCGGUCACUCCAACCCCCUUAAAAUACCUAAGACCUAAACGGCUCAGACAGGCAGAUUUGAGGUUUUCCCCUGUCUCCUUAUUCAGCAGCCUUAUGAUUAAACUUCCUUCUCUGCUGCAA